GGUGCGAAGGAAGAGGAGUGGGAAUCAGACCGCGACUCCCACUACAACAGGUGUUCCAGUCUUAUCUCAGUACCAACUUGUGUUUAUGCAAGGAAUGAUUGGAUUAAACUGAGGAAGGAAGAUAUGGGGUCGACUUGUUGCAAGCGCUUCCAAAGCCCCUACAGCCCGAAGAUACCGGAUUUCAACCAGAUUUUCAUCAACUGCGCUGAGCAGUUUCACAUUUGCAUGAAGGACGGAAGGAAUCCCAAGCAGGCCGAACCACCUGUGAGGAAAUACACUUUGGCAGAUAUAAGCGGUCCUUUACCUCUUGGUAUAGUAGAGCCGAAACGUCCACCCAGGAAGAAAAGAUGCAAACUCACAAGGUGCAGAUCCCUCGCCUUAAAUAACCGAGAAGCGCCCCAACUGAACAGGUCCAACUCGAUCCACGAAAUAUACUACGUCCCGAAGGAAGUUGCGGUAGAACCCCUGGCCCCGGUUGAGAUCUCGGUUCCGCCGGACACACCUGACCAGACGGACCAGCCGUCGCCCUCUUCGGCGUCGAUAGUGGAAAGCAAGCGGACCUUCCUAGCAGGCCUCCUGGCCACCGACCAGAACAGCAACGUCAGCAAAACGCCUUCACGGCAGAUUUCUAGAAACCCGUCCUUCUCGGAGAGCCUACAGGACUUCGCGAACUCCCUGUGCGACGAAGUAGCGGAGGAGGAGAUACAGAAGACCGACUACGAAGAAAGGAGCUGGAGGCCACAAAUACCCGUCAUGAGUUACCAAUAAUCCAACUAUCUCUACGAAAUCUGGAUUGUUUAAUUUUAUAAAUAGCUUGCUCAAGAAAAUUAAGUUUUUAUGUAAAUUUUCUAAUGAGAACAAUAAGGAAUAGCUAACUUUUUCCAAGCAAAGUUUUCGAUUUUAUUACAUAGCUUUACUCAGAUUAGUUUUAUCUUUUAUGUAUACAAAUCGCACAUGGAUUAUGAUUUUCAUUAAGAAAACCUUAAUUAACUUAUUAAUUAUAAAUUAAAUAAUAUCUUUAUUAUCAUGUGAUAGUAGAUGAUAACCGAUUAUCACAGAGUCCUAAUAAAAAUAAAUUUGGUCGUAAGAUUCUUCUAUUUUAAACUUCUCACGCGUCUGGUGUUCAGACUUUUCUGGUUAAAACUCCAGGCAAAAAUAUACGAAGAUUUAUAAAUAACAACAUACUUGAAUCUGGUGCUAAAUUUUAAGUGAUUUUUAUUUUUAAAUUUUAAAACUGGUUUUAUUUUAUUUAUUCUCAAAUUGGAACGAGAUAACAAGACUGUCUUUUAGCCAAGAUAGACUAUGAAACGUUGGGCUAAGUCAGGAGAUGAGAAAAUUAAAACUUAUCGAAGAAUAUUUCAAGUGCAACAUUCAAUGCUUAUUUCAUCUGAAAGGAUUUCCUUCUUUUGACGUUCAUUCUAUUAUUGAAAAUCUCAAAUCAAUAAAAACUCCAGGUUUUGAUAUUAUUUUUCAACAUUUCCUCCACCUUCCCACAAAAGCCAUCAUAUUCAAUACAUAUUUAUGCGUAACAUGCAUUGUUUAGAAAUAAAAAAAAUAUUAAAUUUAGAAAAGUUUAAACCACAAAUAACUCAAGGCCUAAUCAAAAAGUAUAAAAAUAUUAAUGUAAAAAAAUGUAUAAAUGUAGUAAGACAACUUCAAAUCAUUCAAUGUAUAUACAUAAAUAGCAUAAAACAAUCCUUUUCUCUCCAUAUUUAGCUUGUAAUUAAUUUAGAUCUAGACUGUACUGAGUAGAUUUUGGUAAUGUAAUAUUUGUAAACGAAAUUCCUGCUGUAAUCCAAAUAGUUCGUACGUUUUGUAAAUCUAUUUCGUACAAGAAUUUAUUCAAAAUUGGCAAAUAUUAAAUUCACUAAUUUCGUGGUCCGCUUGACCAAUUAAUAUAUUACAAAUAA